AUGGAGAAGAUCGUGUUCUACGAGGACCGGGACUUCCAGGGCAAGUCCUACGACUGCAAAGGCGACUCGGCCGACCUGCAGGCCUUCAUCCGCCGCUGCAACUCGGCCAAGGUGGAAGGAGGCUGGUGGGUUCUGUACGAGCGCAACAACUACACGGGGUACCAGUACGUGAUCGGACCGGGGGAGUACAGCGAGUACGGCCGCUGGAUGGGCUUCAACGACCGCGUCAGGUCCUGCAGGAUCAUCAAGAACGCCAAAGGUCCGUACAAGCUGCGGCUCUUCGACCGGCCCAACUUCGACGGACAGUUCCUGGAGGUGACGGACAACAUGAAGUCGCUUCCGGAGAAGUGGUUCCGGUACGAGGUGCAGUCCUGCAAGGUUCUGGAGGGCUCCUGGGUCUUCUACGAACACCCCAACUUCUGCGGCCGGCAGUACCUGCUGGAGGAGGGCGAGUACCGGACGCCGGCGGACUGGGGAGCCCUGAAGGCCAACGUGGGCUCCAUCAGGAGGAUCACGCAGCCCUGA